UUUUACAACGGAAUAUGGUACAUUGUAGAAGGAUACCCGAAUCGUUUUUAUGAUGAUUCAGUCUGCCAUGAAUGGUCCUUAGCCACUGAUGGAAAAUACGUGUACAUCAAUGAAACGGUCUUCAACGUGAAGAAACACGAUUUUGAUACCCUACAGGGCAAGGCUCGAUAUCAGUCCAAAGGAGGUGUUAACUGUCUUGUUCUCAGUCCAGGAAUAAAAAGUUUGCCGUAUGGAGCGGACAUGUGUAUUAUAUCGACGGACUAUAGCAACUAUGGUGUGAUGUACGUUUGCAGACCAUUCAAAGGGAACAAGAAACAGGAAUAUAUAUACAUAAUGUCGAGGACUCCCACUUUAGAACCACGGCUCAGGGCACGAGUUUUAAUUGAUAAUAUUGUCCGUGGAGGGUUCCAAGUUACACCCUUUGCUCCUAUGAAUCAACUCUACUGUCCUUUACCUUGA